AUGGAUCACGGCAGAAACGAUUCAAAAGGUUGCGAAGAGGAUAAGGCUGAUGGCGAAUCUGACUCGUCUGGCAACCAGAAGCCCAAAAGCAAGCGGCCUGAGCACGAGAACGGCAGCGUCGAGAACACACAACUCAAUGGUACUGGAACCAGGCCCAAGAGCUCACCGCCCGGGCCUCCUAAUGCUGCUGCAAACACGUUGCCCACCACUCGGUCAGAUUCACACUUUUCUAGGACCGUUUCGCUCAACCAAGGCAGUUCACAGCCGCAAUUUACCCACAGAACUGCACCAAACCCCCAAAGCUCAGAAGAGAAGCGUGAGCAGGCGCUCGAGGACGAGGCCACGAGGAUGUUCUUGGACUUCGCCUCGGACCCCGACCUCAUGAACCGCGCUCUAAACGCUGCCAUGAACCCUAAUGUCGCCAGGGAACUCGCAAGGCAGGCCGACACGGCGUGGCGGAACAUGGAGACUGUUCCUGGCGGGUACCAGGCGCUUUGCCAAAUGCACCGGAACCUCCAGCAGCCCCUUUGGAACGCAGUCAUGGGCCACGACGUGGCUCCUCACACCACGGUUUCCUCAGACAUUAAGCCUCCUGUUCACAGCGAGCCUAUAAAGGUGAACGCGAUGCCGAACCCUUGGAAAAACGCUCCUCAGCAGCAGCAGCAGCCAGGCCUCGGCUCCUUUCCAACCUCGUUUUUCGGCGACUUUAACCCCCUGACCUACUUGUCCGGCGCCAUGGCCGACCCCUACGGCGCCAGUCCUUCCCCUGCAGCUUCUAACGACUUGUUGUCAUCGGUCAUAAACAGGACCAGUCCCACCAGUUUCCAGACAGCCUCUCAACUCAUUCAGAACACCGCCGCUGCCAACUGCAACAACUCUCACGGCGCAACUAGUCACUGCUCCGCCGGCUCUGUCAACAGCAACUCCGAUGACGGCGGGAUCAAAUACUCCAGGGAGAUCGAGGAGCUCGCUCAAAUGGGUCUCACUGACCGUGAAAAGUGUCUUAUCGCACUCGAGGCUGCCGACGGUGAUAUAUUUCAGGCUUUGGGUAUUUUAGAGGAGCUCGAGAAGGAGGAGUCGCAGGACGAAUAG